AUGGCUGCCGACUAUCGGAUACGGACGAUGAGCUGGGCGCUGCUCUUGCUGUGCUUGCAGACCGUGCAGGCCUUUUACAUACCGGGCUGGUCGAUCAAAUCAUAUUCCGACGGCGAGCCCAUACCGCUAUUCGUGAACAAAGUGUACAGCGACAACACACAACUACAAUAUGCAUAUUCAGAACUACCUUUUGUCUGCCCGCCUUCUGGACGACAACGGCCUGGGACCGGCCUGAUCUCUGGCUCGAAUGUCGCGUUGAACUUGGGCGAGGUGCUGCGUGGAGAUCGAAUCAUGGUGUCGGACUACGAGCUUGAGAUGGGCAAGGACGAGGAGGUGCACUACCUCUGCGCACACGAGGUAGACCGAGCAGGUUUGCAGCGAGCGAAGGAGGUGGUGAAGAAUGGCUACGUUGCUGAGUGGAUUGUGGAUAACCUCCCAGGUGCGACGAGCUUCGUGACAGUAGACAAGAGCCGAAAGUACUAUGCUGCAGGCUUCAAGAUGGGCUUCGGGGAGACGUCAAUUGUGACUGGCCAACCGACGUACUUCUUAAACAACCACGUCACGGUUGCCAUCCGCUGGCAUCGUGCUCCUGGCCGAGAUGGUAGGCACGGAAAGAAGGUUAUCGUAGGGUUUGAGGUGUACGCCAAGUCAAUCGAAGCCGGAAACAGAGCUGCGGGCGGCAUUCCCAUCGAUCUGCAGAGUCCACCUGGCUUCGAGCUAACAAUGGCGAAGAACGUCACGAACACGACUAUGGCUCGCGACAACGAUAGCUCCUAUGUUCUCCAGGAGUUCGACGAUGGUGCGGAGGAUGCCAAGUUGACCAUCCCAUACACAUAUAGUGUCUACUUCCGCGAGGAGGAGCACAUCGAAUGGGCGAACCGCUGGGAUCUCUACUUUGUCAACCAGGAAGACAGCAAUAAGAUUCACUGGCUCGGCAUCAUCAACUCAGUCGUUAUCUCUGGUCUUUUAACGGCAGUAGUAGCUGUGAUCCUCGCCCGCACAAUCCACGGCGAUAUCAAAGGCUAUAAAGAAGGACUGGAAGAAGGCAAGCUCCGCCUCACGAAACGCUCGAGAGGCACGCGCUCGCCACGCAAGAGCUUCGAAAAGGGCGGCCUGCUCGAACAAGUCGAUGGCGACUCCUCUUCUGUAGCCGACGACAUGAGCUCCGAGGACGAAAUACCUGAGGAAAUCACCGGCUGGAAACUCGUCCACGGCGAUGUCUUUCGCUCACCUGCUUUCGGACACCUUCUCGCUCCACUGAUCGGCUCAGGCAUGCAGCUCGUCUUCAUGGCCACCGGCCUCAUCGCCCUCUCCUGCUUCGGCGUCCUCAAUCCCUCCUUCCGCGGUGGUUUCAUCUCCGUAGGCUUCGCCCUCUUCAUCCUCGCCGGAGCUUUUUCAGGAUACUUUUCCGCGCGCGUGUACAAGACUUUCGGUGGCACACAGUGGCGUACCAACGCCAUCGUAUCUGCUACUCUAUUCCCUGGACUUCUCUUCUCGACCAUCUUCCUUCUUAAUCUCUUCGUCUGGGCUCAGGCUUCCUCGACCGCGAUUCCACUGGGUACACUUUUCGGUCUCGUGGCGCUGUGGCUUCUGACGCAGCUGCCGCUCGUGUACAUGGGUUCUUGGUACGGGUUUGUCAAAGCGGGAGCUUACUCGCACCCCAUCAAGGCCAAUGUCAUUCCCCGACAGAUCCCACAACAGACGUGGUACUCCCGGAACGCUCAAGCGGCUUUACUGGCAGGACUGGUGCCCUUUGCCAUCAUCUUCAUCGAGCUCAUGUUCGUUUUCCGUAGUCUAUGGCAGGACAAGAGCGGAUAUUAUUACAUGCCGGGUUUCCUGGCCGUGGUGUCGACGAUUCUGAUUCUGGUUGUGAUGGAGACGACGGUUAUCGCUGUGUAUAUUCAGCUUUGCAACGAGAACUACCACUGGUGGUGGCAAUCCUUCUUCAUCGGCGGCGCCUCCAGCCUCUGGAUCUUCGCCUAUUGCGUCUAUUACUUUUUCAACCAUCUACAUAUUACCGGCAUGGCGUCGACGAUGCUGUUCUUUGCCUAUGCGUUUUUGGCGUGUAGUGUUUAUGGCUUGCUGACGGGCACGAUUGGCUUCUUGACGGCGUAUGGGUUUGUGAGGAGGAUUUAUGGGGCUAUCAAGGUCGAUUAG